AUGCCUUCAACACGAAUUUCAACGUCCAAACUGGGGAUACAACCUUCAUCACCGGAGCCAGAAAACCCAGCUCCUGAAAGUUCAAGUACCGGUACUGCACCAAAUCUUCGCGUCUUUGUUAGGAAAAAGAGACCCGUAAAAACUCUUGAAAUCACACCUACAGCGGUUGAAGCAGAAACUCGUGAACAAAAGCUUUGCAGCCCUCCUGAAAUUGAAGAUUUUGCAUUUGGAAAGGACAGCAGUUAUUCCCGUUUAACACAACAACCACCUCCCAACUGGGAAAAGGUCCUGCAAGAAAUUCGCAAAAUGAGGUCUUCUGAGGGUGCACCAGUUGACUCAAUGGGGUGUGAGAAAGCUGGCAGUUCUCUUCCUCCUAAGGAAAGAAGAUUCGCUGUUCUGGUAUCUUCACUCUUGUCAAGCCAAACAAAGGACCACGUUACUCAUGGAGCUAUUCAGCGGCUUCUUCAGAAUGGUCUUCUUACUGCAGAAGCCAUUGACCAAUCGGAUGAAGUUACCAUUAAGAACUUACUAUACCCAGUAGGAUUUUACACAAGAAAAGCGAGCAACUUGAAAAAAAUUGCAAAAAUUUGUCUCUCAAAGUAUGAUGGAGACAUUCCUGGUACGUUGGAGGAGUUGCUUCUGCUUCCAGGGAUUGGUCCCAAAAUGGCUCAUCUGGUCAUGAAUGUAGGAUGGAAUAAUGUUCAAGGAAUAUGUGUAGAUACUCAUGUGCACCGCAUCUGUAAUCGGCUUGGAUGGGUUUCACGUUCCGGCACUAAGCAGAGAACUUCAACUCCCGAAGAGACUAGAGAGUCCUUGCAACUAUGGCUUCCUAAGGAGGAAUGGGUGCCCAUCAAUCCUCUUCUGGUGGGGUUCGGGCAGACUGUAUGCACUCCACUCAGGCCUCGUUGUGGUAUAUGCACAGUUAAUGGUCUUUGCCCAUCUGCAUUUAAGGAGACCCCAAGCCCCUCAUCCACAUCGAAGAAGUCUCGCCCCUCAUCCACGCCGAAGAAGUCUCGCCUAAACAAGUGUCCAUAG